AUGAACAGACUGUUUCGUUUGGUGGUCGGACCCAGUUUCAGGCUACUAUCAACUGAAGUUAGCCAAAAAUCUCCUUUGGAGACGUUCCGAGCGAGGUUGUAUUAUCAAAGCAAGAAGAGGGGAAUCUUGGAGAAUGACAUUCUAAUAGGUGGAUUUGCUGAAAAGGAACUCAAAAAUCUGUCACAAGUUGAACUCGAGAAUUAUGACACCUUAAUCAACGGGGAUAUCAUGGAAUGGGAUCUGUUUUAUUACCUGUCAAGUGAGUUUAGAUACCAUUAUUACUAUUGGAAAACCUUUGUUGUUACAAUUCCAGACAAAAAAGAGCCCCCAGAAGAAGUACAAAACAAUCUGGCAUUCAAGAAAAUGAAAGAAUUUGUGGCCAAAUUAAAGAAGUGA